AUGGAAGGAACCAAUUACUCCAGGGUGUCUGAAUUUGUGUUGCUGGGACUAACUGAUUAUCCUGAGCUCCAGGUUUUCUUCUUUGUGGUGUUUUCCAUUUUUUAUGUGAUGACUAUAUUAGGCAAUUUUCUCAUUUUGGUUACAGUUCUAUCUACCCCACAGCUUCAUUCUCCGAUGUAUUUCUUGCUCAGCAACCUGUCUUUUAUUGACAUGUGUCUUUCCUCCUUUGCUACACCUAAGAUGCUCAUGGACUUUUUCACCCAUCGUAAGACCAUUUCUUUUGAAGGUUGCAUCUCUCAGAUCUUCUUCUUGCACCUUUUCACUGGCACUGAGAUUGUCCUACUUAUUUCCAUGUCCUUUGAUAGAUACAUAGCCAUAUGCAAACCUCUCCGAUACUCAAACGUUAUGAGUCAACGUGUGUGUCUUGGCCUUGUGGUGGUUUCUUGGACAGUGGGCUUCCUUCACACAGUGAGUCAGUUGGCCUUCACACUCUACUUGCCAUUCUGUGGUCCUAAUGUUGUAGACAGCUUCUUUUGUGACCUUCCUUUGGUCAUUCAACUUGCCUGCAUAGAUAUCUAUGUCCUAGGACUCUUCAUGAUUUCAACCAGUGGCAUGAUUGCUCUGGUCAGCUUCCUGCUCUUGCUUACCUCCUACGUCAUUGUCCUGAUCACUAUCAAGAAGCACUCCUCCAGUGGAUCAUCGAAGGCACUUUCUACUUGUACUGCACAUUUCAUAGUUGUGUUCAUGUUCUUUGGACCAUGCAUCUUCAUCUAUGUAUGGCCCUUUACCAAUUUCCUUGUGGACAAAGUUCUCUCUGUGUUUUAUACCAUUUUCACACCUUUCUUGAAUCCUCUUAUCUAUACUCUGAGGAACCAAGAAGUGAAAGCUGCCAUGAGGAAAAUGAGCAACCAAUAUAUUAGUUUCCGGAAAACUGAACAGUUUCCAAGAUAUUCUGUACAAUGA